AUGGCCGAUCAGGAACCCUCGACUCCCAACCCGGACACCACCACCAACCCUUCCACCCCCAAUAAGCCCAAACGUGCCCCUCCCAAGCUGGGAAAGAAGAGUCCAGCCAAGCAAGAACAGACCCCGCCACCCUCGGAGAAAGGUCCUGAACCUGAACAAGACCCUGAAGAGUCUCAAGAGCCCCAAGCCGAAGACGCUGAAGACCAAGAAAAGCCUGAGCCGCACAAGCAAGAGCCCGACUCGGACGACGACCAGAAAGAAGACGAUCAGACUCAGCAGAACGGUGACCAGCAGAACGGCACCGACGAGCCUCAGCCCGCACCUGAGCCAGAACAAGACCGGACCAAUCGUCGCCGUCGACGUCCUCGCCCAACUCCGCGCCAUCAGGAAUCCGACAUUGAGACCAUCCCCCGCAACAACAACAACAUGGACGGCCAACCACAGCAGCGUCAACGCACCCGGCGGACUCGCCAGCCGCAACAGCAGGACGGCAGCCCCCUCGGCAGUCUCGGUGGCCUGGGCGGUGUCGACCAAGCCGGCCAGCUCGUUCAGAACACGGCCGGCAAUGCGCUGAACGGUGUGACGGGAUCCGCCGGCAAAGCUGUUGGCGGCAUUCUUGGCGGAGGUCAGAAAGAAGAGAAGGACGAUGGCGGCCGCGACGAGCAGCUGCGGCUACGGUUAGACCUGAACCUGGACAUUGAGAUCCAGCUGAAGGCGAAGAUCCAUGGUGAUUUGACUCUGGGACUGCUGUGA